CGGAGCGGCGAGCAGAACCGGAGCGGCGAGCAGAGCCGUAUCUGAGUCAGUCUUUUCAGCCCUGGAGCGCGUUGAAAUAGAAGAAGUGUAGAAAUGAGAUGACAGAUGAAGAUUAGGAGGAGCAAACGGAGGAAGAGGAGAGAGUCGGCUGAAAAGUCCGGAGUUUGCUUUACUGUUUGGGAAUGCUAACCCAGGAGUCGCUGCUAAACGUUCCGGUUUCUAACUCCAGCUGCUAACGGGUGCCGCUGGGAGGCAGGCUGCACAUCUCGUGUGUAAAUCUGCUCUGCCCCGUGUUGCACUGUGGAGGGAGAUGAUGAAGAGGAGGAUGAGGAGGGGGGUUCCCCUUCACGUGAAGCAGCCAAUCGGCUGGAAGCGGAGCAGCGGCGGUGGAUUGUGAGCAGCAGCAGCAUCCCUCUGCCUCCAGACGGAGGUGAUGCUCAGGGAUGGAGCCGGACUCCUGGAUCCAGACCAGCAUGGCGGAUCGGGUCAGGCCGCUGCAGACGGGACUGGAGCUGGACGGGACUCCCAGCAGGAAGUGAGGCACGGCGCUGCAGAGAGACCGGCCCGGCCCAGGAGCCUCGGACCCAUGAUGGAUUUCUCAUAUGAUGAAACAGGAAAAGGUCCUCCGGUCCAGAUGCACAGCCUCAGGGAGUUCGAACAGCACCUGAACGACCUGAAGAAGGAGAACUUCAGCCUGAAGCUGCGGAUCUACUUCCUGGAGGAGAAGAUCCAGCAGAAGUUUGAUCAGAGCGGCGACGGCGUCCACAGGGCGAACAUUGAGCUGAAGGUGGAGGUUGAGAGUCUGAAGAAGGACCUGCAGGAGAAGCAGGAGCUUCUGGACCGGGCGCUAUCCACAGCCGAGGUCCUGUCCAAUCAGAAUGAAGCAGAGCUGCAGCGCCGCCUGCUGGAGCGGCAGGACGAGGUCAGACACAUGCAGGAGAUGCUGGAGGACAAAGUUCAGCUGCUGCAAAAGGAGGCCGAGGCGGCCCGGAGCGAGGCCCGGCGCAUGGCGUCGCUGGCGGACGCCGAGGCCCAGCGCAGCCUGGCUCUGCAGAGGGAGAUGCUGGAGAAGAUGGAGGAACACGGAGACUCGGCUCGAGUCCAGACGAGUCCGACUGACGCAGACAGGCUGAUUGAGGAUUUGGUGCAGCAGAAACAGUCGCUAAGCCUCCAGGUCGAAGAGCUCCAGGUCAAAGUUCAUGACCUUUCAUCCUCACUGGAGAACAGAGAACGAGGCGCUGAGCGGCUGAUCGGUGAGCAGCAUGAUCAGCUCAGUCGGUACCAGAGCGCCGCAGGUCAGUGUGUGGCAGAGCUGCAGCAGGCCCAGAACCAGGUCCGAUCGCUGCAGGUCAACAUCAGGGAGAGCGAGGCUCGGAACCAGAAGCUGCAGGAGCAUCUGGCUGCCAUGGAGCUGCAGCUGCGCUCGGCGCAGGAUGAGGCGCAGCAGCAGGAGAGGCUCAUCCAGAACCUGACUGACGGCGUCGGCUCCAAGGAGACGGAGGUUUCUGAUCUGAGCAGAGCCUUGGAGGAGCAGAACCAGGCGCUGCGUUCCCUCAGGGAGGUCGCUGACCGCAGCCAGCUGUCCGGCACCAAGGCGGCUCCGGGUCAGGGCGAGGUUCUGGCCCUGCAGGGGGCGCUGUUCCAGGCUCAGCUGGAGCUGCAGGCGGCCCAGCGCGCUCAGCGCCGGGCGGACCGCGCUCAGGAGGAUCAGAACCGGGCUCUGGAGAGGCUGGAGAGAGACCUACAGGGGGCGCUGCAGCACCGCAGGGAGACGGAGCGACACAACCGGGAGCUGCAGCUGAUUCUGCAGACGGUCCGGUCCGACCUGCAGGCGAGGGAGGACCAGCUGAGCGAGGGCGAGCAAGAGAGACGGCGGGAGAGGGAGGAGAGAGAGCGCAGCGUCGCGGAGCUGAGGGCCGACCUGCAGCUGAAGGAGCAGCUGCUUCAGGAAUACGGUGAGAUGUUGAAGGAACCGAAGGAGAACAGAGACUCUGUGCUGCAGAAACUGCGGCAGCGAAUAACGGAGAGAGACCGAGCGCUGGAGCGAGCCGUUGACGAGAAGUUUCGCUCGGCGGAGCAGCGAGACGCGGCGAGUCGGCAGCUGCAGCUGCUGCUGCGGGAGAAGGAGCGCGACCUGGAGAGGCAGCGCCGCGUUCUGGCCAACAACGAGGAAACCAUUGCUAGCCUGGAGGCGCUGCUGAGGGGGAAGGAGCUCCAGCUGCAGCAACUGGCCGACGCCUGGACCGGCGUCCGGCGGCAGCAGCGGGACGCCGACGAGCGGACCAGUCAAAUCCUGAAGGAGAGAGACGGCAUCAUUGAGCAGCUGCAGGCGGCGCUGCUCGCUCGCACGCAGGAGGCCCAGGACCUGCUCUGCUCUCUGCUGCCUCAGGUCCAGUCGGCGCCGGGUCAGGUUCUGGAGGAGCUGAAGCUCCGCCUCCAGCUGAAAGACCGCCUCUUCCAGGAAGUGAUGUCAGACCGGACCCGGCAGGCCCGGGAGCACCAGGAGCAGGUCCAGGACCUGCUCAGAACCAUCAGCUCCAGGGACCAGUACAUCCAGGACUCAGCGGCCCGACUCACCGAGGUUCUGGAAGAGCAGACCCACAGAGUGCAGGAGCUGCAGCGGCAGCUGGGCUCCGGGUCGCAGCCAGACGCGGCCGCAGCGCUGCAGCAGGAGCUGCGCCUGGCGCUGAAGAGGGAGGAGCAGAACCAGGAGGAGACGAGGAGUCGGGCCGAGCAGCUGGACCAUCUGAGCCGCAGUCUGAGCCUGAAGGAGGAGAUCAUCAGGGACCUUCAGAGGAAGAUGGCAGACCCGUCGGACCUUCCUCUGGUGGAGCGGCUGACCCUGGAGGUCCAGGAGCUGAGGGAGGUUCUGGUCCGGCAGGAAGCCGCCCAGCAGCCUGAGUUUGGAGGUGGGCAUCAGAGAAGCUGGUACCUGUAGUUCCCCUCCGCGCCACCGGGGGCGCUGUUGCCAUGGUGACGGGUCGGAGCGACGGGCAGCGGCUGCUUGAUCUGGGUGGAAAUACUAACCUGAAAACCUUCUGAAUGUUUGUCAAAUAAAAUGAAAGUUAUAAACUGUGUUUACAUGCAGGAUGGGAGGAUAAGAUGGAGAAACUAAUAACUUAAUGAAUCUCAUAUGUUAUGUGGAUUUAUUAUUUUCAGUAAAUAAAACAUUCUUUAUAAAUUAUAAUAACUAUGCUUCAUUUUGGCAUCAGUUUGUGUAAGUACGAUUGUUAAAUAUUACUAAGCUCAUAAUUAUUCAGUUUUUAUUGUGACUAACGGCAUGUUCAGACUUUGGCUUUCUGUGUUGAAAUAAUAAGAAAAUCUAACCAGCUGCUUUUUUCCAGCGUUUCCUGGACUGAUUAAUGGGAUGUUUUAGUGUGUGUGUGUGUGCGUGCGCACGCAGUACCUGCCGCUGUUUUCCUGCCUGGAGCCUCCAUAAUAAAUAAUAAAGCUGCAGAUUU